AACAACAUACCGGAACGCAGAACUAUUGCAGCAACCUGAUGCACACCGGACAUGAAUACACGUUGCACUUCCUCUUCUACCGGAAGUGCAGCUGUGUUGUUAGUAUUGCCAUGUAACUGUUAAAACGACGCGCGGCAGAAAUAUGGAGUUUCUUUGUCAAACAAAAACAAGAAGCGCUUUUUAAAUAUUUCAAGGCGUAAAUGGACGUAAUUUCCCGUGUAAUAUGUUUAAAAAGAUGACCGAAUUUGGUCCAGAUUCCGGGGGGCGCGUUAAGGGAGUCACUAUCGUGAAGCCUAUCGUGUUUGGAAAUGUCGCCCGCUACUUUGGGAAGAAGCGAGAGGAAGACGGACACACUCAUCAGUGGUCUGUGUACGUCAAGCCCUACAGAAACGAGGAUAUGUCAGCAUAUGUGAAGAAGAUCCAGUUUAAGCUACACGAGAGCUAUGGCAACCCCUUGAGAGUGGUGACCAAGCCGCCGUAUGAGAUCACAGAGACCGGAUGGGGAGAGUUUGAGAUCAUCAUCAAGAUCUUCUUCAUUGACCCCAAUGAAAGACCUGUGACCCUGUACCAUCUGCUGAAGCUUUUCCAGUCGGACUCCAGUGCCAUGCCAAAGAAGACAGUGGUGUCGGAGUUCUAUGAUGAAAUGAUCUUCCAGGAUCCUACAGCAAUGAUGCAGCAGCUCCUGACCACAACGAGACAACUCACACUGGGAGCCUACAAACACGAGACAGAGUUUGUCGAGCUGGAGCAGAGGACAAAGGAGAAGAUGGAGGUGGCCAAGAAGAGGACCAGUCAGGAGAUCACGGAACUGAAAGACAAGCUGAAAGCCAGCAGGGAGAACAUCAACCACCUCAAGAUGGAGAUCAGGAAAUUGGAGGAAGAUGGAGAUCACAAAGACCACUGACUGCUCCGUUAAAAGGAUGUUUUUCAAAUUUGAUUUGGCUGUUGGUUCUUUUAUAUUUUCAUUAAAAAAAUGCUAUUA